UAGCAACUUCGCACAGCAGAAUGAACCGGAAACCGGAACGCUGUCAAUCUUGGUCGUGUCUAAGCAACGACCUAUCACAACACAUAGCCCGCCUACUGUACUCGUGGUCGCGCGCCAGCAACGCAAAAUGUAGGAAAGAAGAACAACGUUCAAGUAUUAUAGAAUUAAUUUGUAAUGAAAGAACACACGACAUUGGACUCACAGGACAUGGAAAUAUCAGGAUCAUGAUGGAUUUUACAUUUUAAAAAUGGCAAAACUGGAUUACCAACAGGCAACAUGGGCAGCUGUCCUGGGGCCCUGACAGCUCCAUGCUUUUGUGCAAUCUGGUCUUUGCGAAUUUAAUUGAUAAUUUCAAUAUUUUUGGAGGUAAAUUGUUGCUCGGCAGUUUGCAGAAAAAAAGUGGUAAUGUAGAAUAUAGUGUAAAUAAACAAAAUAUAAUCAAUAACGAUUGUCAAUGAAGUGUAAACAAACAAAUUCACAGACAGGUGUACAGUAGCUCAAGCGUUAUAAAGAUAAACAGGAUAACAGGUGCAAAUUCAAAAUAUACACAUGCCAAAAGUAAACAGUUACCAGUGAGGAUUAUUACAACUAUAUGUUAAGAUUAGUUGAACAAGGAAUAUACAAUAUAAAGCAAGCAAAUGUAUAGUGCUGCAUACUUUAUAAAGCUCACUUUAAAUUGUAAGUGUUUCAAGUUGAUAAGAAUGAUGACUGGAGUUAAACUUCCCACACCUGUUCUUCUGGUUCUGGAUGUGUUCUGUUUUAGCUGGGCCUGAUAUUAAAGGGCCAAAAACCAAACAUUGCAUCUCAUUGUAUGCUUGGUAUCAAGUAGCUUCAGGUUAGUGGGAAACUCCUCUAAUUACCCUGAAUGCAAACAAAUAAUUACAUGUGUGAUUUGAGUGACACCAUUCAAAUGAUAGCUGUAGAAUGGAUCACACUAACAAGUCAGCUCAGCACCAUAAAUACACAGUGUGUGAUGAAACGUAUAUUGCAUAUAAUGUAUUUUAAUUGAACUUGUAUUUAUACAGACAGCCUACUAGUUUGGCCUGGAGCAGCAAUGUUAGUCUACAUUUACUGUAGUUGGUGUUUUCACCAAAAGGCAUUACAAAAUAGAUUUAAAAUCAGAUUGUUCAAAAAAUAUAAUAAUAACAUAUUUAAAAGUCCCCUCAUUUACAUUUUAUUGUGACAGACGACGUUAAACUGUUAUCAAGCGUGUGUCCCACAGUUUGAUUACGCAGUAUGACGAGCAACCACCCUGGAUGUUGAUUGGAUCCACUGUCAAACUGGGCGUGGUUGACGAGAACCAGGAAGUGCGUUUCCCACAGCAAUACAACAAAAGUUACAUUGUAUGUUUGAGAGCAUUUAAUGCAAUGGCAUUAGUUAAUAAUGAGUUAAUAAGCAUGUCAAAGGUUGAACCGUCUUAAGAGGGAAAACAUUUCGCUUCUGUGGACGUUAUAGUACUUUGUUAUGACAAAGAUGAUGAACGCAGUAGCCCACACUCAAAUGACAGUGUCUUCAAGUUGAAAUUACUCAUAUUAGACAUGAAUAGCCUUAGAUAGGCUAUUGGUUAUUUCAAGUAGGCUAUGUGAGAGAAAGGAUCAAUGUAGGCUGUAUCGGAUAUCUGAACUGGCCUCUCUGUCUUGGAUGGGGUCAAAAUAUACCAACACCUGGAAUAAUACUUGUUUUUUUAAUUCAUUAUGAAUGCUAUCUCGCCCUGAACCCUGUUGCCUCUUGUCAGAUAUUCGUGCUACACUUUCAACAUCGUGAUAUGUAUCUUUGCUCCGGAGUUAAAAGACCACCCAAGGGCAGGACUUACUUUUUUUGGUUUUGUUUAUUUGUUCGCACAAUACAUGCACCAGGGCAAUUUGAUUAUACAUUUUUUUAUUUUCAAGUGAUGUAGGCGUAGUACCAGCUCCAUUUUAGGCUGUCAGGUCCUAUUCCUGUCGGGCUAUUGUGUGGAUGGAUGGAAAGCUGUAGCCUAUAGGGGGAGGAGGUGAGGGCGAAGCGAGCAGAUAAGAGAACUGGCUUAUUGGAUGUCUGCUGCCUGUAGCUCGUAUUUUAUCUGAAAGAAGACAUCCCGACGUUUGUUUCACAGUCCGAAAAAACAACGACAUCGCAACCGAGGAGCUACCGACCGGACGGUAGCAUGAUCGUCGUGGAAGGGACUCGGAAGGAAGAGGGCCCGUAUCUGCAUUUUACUUCGCCUACACCGAAUUCAUCGAGUCGGUAACCAGCCUCCGACAUGGGGAAGGAGGUAAAUGGAGUCUCGCGGAGCCGGUUUGAGAUGUUCACAAAUAGUGACGAGGCGGCCAUCAAUAAGAAGCUGCCUAAGGAGCUGUUGCUACGAAUCUUCUCCUUUCUGGAUGUGGUGACACUCUGUCGCUGUGCCCAGGUCUCACGGUCCUGGAAUGUUCUGGCCUUGGAUGGCAGCAACUGGCAACGAAUCGACCUCUUUGACUUCCAGAGGGACAUUGAGGGCCGGGUGGUGGAGAACAUCUCAAAGCGAUGUGGGGGGUUCCUUAGGAAGCUGAGUUUGCGGGGUUGCUUGGGUGUGGGUGACAGCGCCCUGAGGACUUUCUCUCAGAACUGCAGGAACAUCGAGCUGCUUAGUUUGAACGGUUGCACCAAGAUCACUGACAGCACGUGUAAUAGCCUCAGUAAGUUCUGUCCAAAGCUGAAGCACCUGGACCUCGCCUCCUGUACCUCAAUCACCAACCUGUCACUCAAAGCUCUCAGUGAGGGUUGUCCUCUGCUGGAGCAGCUCAACAUCUCCUGGUGUGAUCAGGUCACCAAGGAUGGCAUCCAGGCCCUGGUGCGUUGCUGUCCAGGACUCAAAGGCCUUUUCCUCAAGGGAUGCACACAGCUAGAGGACGAGGCUCUGAAACAUAUCGGGGCUCACUGUCCAGAGCUGGUCACACUCAACUUGCAGACGUGCUCACAGAUCACAGAUGAGGGCCUCAUCACAAUCUGCCGGGGUUGUCACCGCCUGCAGUCUCUUUGUGUGUCGGGCUGUGCCAAUAUCACCGACGCCAUCCUGCACGCCCUGGGCCAGAACUGCCCUCGCCUCAGAAUAUUAGAAGUGGCUCGCUGCUCUCAGCUUACAGAUGUGGGCUUCACUACAUUAGCAAGGAACUGUCAUGAGCUUGAAAAGAUGGAUUUAGAAGAAUGUGUGCAGAUCACAGAUGGAACACUCAUCCAGCUGUCUAUCUACUGCCCUCGUCUGCAAGUCCUGAGUCUGUCUCACUGUGAGCUGAUCACCGAUGACGGCAUCAGACACCUCGGCAGCGGUCCCUGUGCUCACGACCGUCUGGAGGUGAUCGAGCUGGACAACUGCCCCCUGAUCACAGACGCCUCACUUGAGCACCUGAAGAGCUGCCAUAGUCUGGAUCGCAUUGAGCUCUAUGACUGCCAGCAGAUUACCCGCGCUGGCAUCAAGAGACUAAGGACCCAUCUGCCUAACAUCAAAGUGCAUGCAUACUUCGCUCCCGUCACUCCACCACCCUCCGUCGGGGGCAGUCGUCAGAGGUUUUGCCGCUGCUGUGUCCUACUAUGAUGUAAAGACAACAACCCCCCCCUUUCCAGUCCCCGUGUCCCCUCGUACAUGCUCCCCGCAGCCCGUCACUUGACCCCGGACCUGCUGUCCCCCUCCUGGCGCCGUGUCAUAGAGUAUAUGCUGGUGUGUCCCCCCCCCCCCCCCUGUUUGGAGCUGCAGAGAGAGGAAGAGAGACAAAAAACACUAUUUUGGGCAACUUUCCCAAAAACAUUCCUUAAUCUCUCCACCACACACACAUACAGGACACACACACACACACACACACCAGGCUUUCUGCUAUGCAGACACACUUGCAUACACCGAUUAACUCUUAGAAGAAUGUCUGAACAUUUCCGGUCUGUCUUCAGUGGCCAAACCAGUAUUACAAAGAGGGUUAUGUAAGUUCACCUCUGUCAAGGGAUUUAACUCUUCAUCAAAUGAGGUACAAAAUAAUGUUCUCAUCAAAAACCAUUGUUUCAUAUUUGAGGGGAGAGAGACACACUCUUCUAUUUAGCACCUUGAGAAUGGUAAUAGUUAUAGUUUCUUGACAAAAUAUAGAAAGAUCCCUCUUAAUCUCUCACACAUACUCCCCUCGUGGUUGAAGGUCACUUACCAGCUACCUCUAGACGGGAAAGGCACUUGAGUAAGACCUCACUUAGCUUUUUCCUGCAGGCUGUUUUAUAAUUUAAAAAAAAAUACAAUGCAGCCAGUAAACUGCCGACACCUCCGACAAACACAUAGACAGCAGCAGAAAGCCCGUUUUGUGAUUUUUUUAAAAAAGAAAAGAAAAACAUACUUGCAGCUAUUUGCACCUAUUGCAGUAAAGCAAUGAUAAGACACUUUACCAAAUGGCCAUCUCAGAAUUUAAAACUAGCAUUUUACUAACAACUCUCGCGCGCGCACACACACACACACACGCACAGAUACAAAUCUUCAUGCACACUGAGCUUGCUACACUUGUACUCUCUCCUCUCUCUGUUACAAUCAUAAGCUUCAAUAUGCUGAAGAAAAAAACCUAAAUAUUUUUCUAAAAAUGGACACCAAUUAAGACUCACAAGUGGGGACUCGAGAAGAUGCCAAAUGUCGCAUGUAACACCCUCUAGUUUAAAAAAAAUCUAACUGUAAAUGGGGUCCGUGAGUCGAAGCCAGCUAAACGACAGAUGAUGAUUUGACAUGGCGCAGAGAUUUCUGUCUUCCUGAAGGAACAAUGGCGAAGCUCACACACGCUUGUGUAAGUGUUGGAGCGAGUGCUGGAGCUCCGAAUGAGCCAGCACUUAACCUGGAGUUUGACGGAUGAACUGAUGCUGGCCCGUGAAAGCUCACGUCGACAACAGGAAAGUAAUAAAGACGCUCUUUUGACAGAAGGAAAGAAUAUAACGGUCUGACAUGACUACAUGAAUUCAUGUCGUCAGACCAGAACAAUGGAAAGAAAAAGCCAACUGAAAACAAUCAAAGUACGUCUAUUUUCAGUUUGUUUGAUUUCAUUUAGUUGCUCUUUGUUUUUGCAUCGGUGACGGUUCUGAUGACGAGGAACUGAUGAACCACGCGCAGCGGUGAGAGGACGCGCCUGAUGUUGCCAUCGGCAACUCUUCGACUCCUAUGAGGCCUUGCAGGGGAUGGAGUUACAGCAUGGGACACCUUGCCACCCUGGGAUCUCCUCCGUCGGUCUGAGGCUGACGACUCAGCCGAAGGUGGAGACCAGAUCAGACCGGUGGAGGCUCUAAAAGAGGAAGUCAUUUGAAUUAUGGCCUGCUGACAGAUAUGAUGGAAAGAUGUUUGUCACAACGGAGGGCUUUAAUGGAUUGCCCCGCCCUAUGAAGUAUUGAAGCCUUUUCUUAUUGGUUAUCCUCUCCUGCACUUGCACCUGCUUUAUUCUGCGUCUCUUUUUCGUCCCGUUUCCUUUUAUAAAUGUGUCUCUUACUGCUUUUCUUUCUGAUUUACUCUGGAUCUCUACCUUUUUUUUUCUCUUCUUUUGCAUUUCUGUUUUGGUGUGGUUUGGAUUGAGUCUGCUCUGUGUUUUGAAGUCAUGAGUUCAGUGUCUCCAAGGUGAGUUUGAGUCCUCUUCCAGUCCUCAGUUUUGAUCUGAUGGUGUUUGUGUUUUCAUUAAGAGUUUAUUGUUACCUAAUGUCCAGAGUGUAGCCUUUGUCCAGGGGAAGUGUUGGCGCCAGUGCAAUUGAAAUAAAUGUUGAACUUUGA